AUUCGGUGGCUGCUGAGCUGAUCUUUGUGCGAACGAAGCAGAGCUGAGCAGAGCAGAGCAGAGCGGUCUGGUCGCAGUUAGCAACGGAACAGCAAACACUCACAGAGAAGCUAAACGACGGCGGAGGAGGCAGCUUUUAACCCGAACAAACCACCACUAACACCGACCGCACAGCGACAACCACGGCCUUAACAUGGUCAUCUGGUGAGGAGCGCCAAAGCUUUUAGGUGGAGGAGUGGCAGACAGCGCCACCCAGGCGUGCAGAGUGGGACUGCAUCCCGCCUCGCUACCGACGACCAGCUUCCCGAAGCGCUGCCUAGCUGCCAGAUGGACUGCGCACUCUGAGAGCAGAUCGAAACCAGGACUAGAAACCAAGGAGAGGAGCCGGGGGUAGAGCGCCCACCGGAGCAGGAAAGGGAGGGCAUUGUUCGGUAGGGAGAGGAGAGGACAAGGGGCUCUACGAUGUCGUCAAACAGGACCCAGAACCCCCACGGACUGAAACAGAUAGGCCUGGACCAGAUAUGGGACGACCUGCGGGCUGGCAUCCAGCAGGUGUACACACGGCAAAGCAUGGCCAAGUCGCGCUACAUGGAACUCUACACACAUGUAUAUAACUAUUGUACCAGCGUCCACCAGUCCAGCCAGGGCCGGGGCUCGGUGCCUCCAGCCAAGCCCUCCAAAAAGUCCACCACUCCAGGUGGGGCUCAGUUUGUAGGCCUGGAGCUCUACAAGCGACUCAAAGAGUUCCUGAAGAACUAUUUGACCAGCCUGCUCAAGGAUGGCGAGGAUCUAAUGGAUGAGUGUGUGUUGAAGUUUUACACCCAGCAGUGGGAGGAUUACCGUUUCUCUAGUAAGGUCCUCAACGGGAUCUGCGCCUACCUCAACCGCCACUGGGUCAGACGAGAGUGUGAUGAGGGACGCAAGGGAAUCUAUGAGAUAUACUCGCUGGCACUAGUGACCUGGAGGGAGUGUUUAUUCCGACCCCUCAACAAACAGGUAACAAACGCUGUGCUGAAGCUGAUAGAGCGAGAGCGGAAUGGGGAGACCAUUAACACCAGACUGAUCAGCGGUGUGGUCCAGUCUUAUGUUGAGCUGGGUCUGAACGAGGAGGACGCCUUCGCCAAAGGCCCCACGCUGUCCGUGUACAAAGAAUACUUUGAAUGUCAGUUCCUCACUGACACAGAACGGUUCUACACGCGUGAGAGCACAGAGUUCCUGCAGCAGAACCCCGUCACCGAGUACAUGAAGAAGGCGGAGGCUCGUCUGCUGGAGGAGCAGCGGCGUGUGCAGGUUUACCUCCAUGAAUCCACCCAGGACGAGCUGGCCAGGAAGUGUGAGCAGGUCCUCAUAGAGAAACACCUGGAGAUCUUCCACACCGAGUUUCAGAACCUCCUGGAUGCUGACAAGAAUGAAGACCUGGGCCGGAUGUACAACCUGGUGUCGCGGAUCACAGACGGUCUGGGCGAACUGAAGAAACUUCUAGAGACUCACAUCCACAACCAGGGCCUGGCCGCCAUCGAGAAGUGCGGAGAGGCCGCGCUCAACAAGAGGUCGUCAGGAGAGACUCAGCUCAGCCACAUUAGCAGUAAACGCUGUGUUAGGAAGGACCCCAAAGUGUACGUUCAGACCACCCUGGACGUCCAUAAGAAGUACAACGCCUUGGUCAUGUCUGCCUUCAACAACGAUGCCGGCUUCGUGGCAGCGCUCGAUAAGGCAUGUGGUCGGUUCAUCAACAACAACGCCGUCACCAGGAUGGCUCAGUCGUCCAGCAAAUCUCCUGAGCUGUUGGCCAGAUACUGCGAUUCUUUACUGAAGAAGAGCUCUAAAAACCCAGAGGAGGCAGAAUUGGAGGACACACUCAACCAAGUGAUGGUUGUGUUCAAAUACAUUGAGGACAAAGAUGUUUUCCAGAAGUUUUAUGCCAAGAUGCUGGCCAAACGUCUGGUCCACCAGAACAGCGCCAGCGACGACGCAGAGGCCAGCAUGAUCUCCAAACUCAAGCAAGCGUGCGGGUUCGAGUACACGUCCAAACUGCAGCGAAUGUUCCAGGACAUCGGAGUCAGUAAAGACCUGAACGAACAGUUCAAGAAACACCUGACCAACUCUGAGCCUCUGGACUUGGACUUCAGUAUCCAGGUUCUCAGCUCCGGGUCUUGGCCUUUCCAGCAGUCCUGCACCUUCGCUCUGCCUUCUGAGCUGGAGCGAAGCUACCAGCGCUUCACGGCGUUUUACGCCAGCAGACACAGCGGCAGGAAGCUGACCUGGCUCUAUCACCUGUCCAAAGGAGAGCUGGUCACCAACUGCUUCAAGAACAGGUACACGCUGCAGGCCUCCACCUUCCAGAUGGCCAUCCUGCUGCAGUACAACACAGAGGACAGCUACACCGUCCAGCAGCUCACUGACAGCACACAGAUCAAAACUGACAUUCUGGUUCAAGUUCUGCAGAUUUUGUUAAAAUCAAAGCUGCUGGUGAUGGAGGACGAGAACGCCAACGUGGACGAGGUGGAGUUCAAACCCGACACCGUCAUCAAACUUUUCCUCGGAUACAAGAAUAAGAAACUGAGGGUUAAUAUCAACGUCCCGAUGAAGACGGAGCAGAAACAGGAGCAGGAGACGACUCACAAGAACAUCGAGGAGGAUCGAAAACUCCUCAUUCAGGCUGCCAUAGUGAGGAUCAUGAAGAUGAGGAAGGUCCUGAAGCACCAGCAGCUUCUGGCUGAAGUCCUGAACCAGCUGUCGUCCCGAUUCAAACCCAGAGUCCCCGUCAUAAAGAAAUGCAUCGACAUCCUGAUAGAGAAGGAAUACCUGGAGCGAGUGGACGGCGAGAAGGACACGUACAGCUACCUGGCCUGAACGCCGACCUCCCUCCCACCCGCCGGCUCUCCUCAGUUUUAUUUGUUAUCUUCAUUUUUUUUUUUUUUUUUAAUUUUAUGUCUGAGUAAUAAAGUGAGGAUCCCUCUGAGCGGCGGACAUGUUGUGAGUGUGUCGCUGACCAUGUGACCGCCCUGAUAUGACAACCAACCACCAACCUGAGGGGGAGGAGGGUGUGAACUUUGUGCUCUCCCUUCAGCGAUGAAGGAACACCCCCUUCUUCCUGUUGAGACCGGGAGACCCCGUCUACACGCUCGCCUGUCCCGUCCCAUCCGUAGGACUCAAAACACACUUCCUUGUUGUCAUAUUGUAAAUAACAACCACAGACUCUAAGAGGAAAAAACAACCCCUACUCCCUUCUUUACAUAGCGCAAACGUAAUGAAUUAGCCUACAGCCAAUCAGAGGAGAGCCGCAUCCAAAGGUUUCUGCAUGCUACUGCCUACCUGCACCACAGUGACCACGAAAAAAAGAUUAAAAAGUAAAAAUAAAAGUCGAGUCACUGGGCAGCCGACGCAGUCCACCGUACGACGACACGAAAAUCGACGCCGGUCCUGUAAUUUAAAGUCUGCGACUGAACCGGAGGAGGAGGAGGUGGAGGUGGUGAGUUUAGAGCCGCCAUGAUGCUUCUUUAUCUGCUGAAGUUGUCUCAGUUUUGGUUUGAGGUCGGUUGGGUUCAUGCAGGAGGCCUGUUUCAUUACUGAACGGUGGACAUUUGUAUAGUGUGGUUCAUUUUCUAAAUGUGUGAUAAAUAAAAACAAGGAAAGAUUUCUCAA